CGGCAGAUAAAAUCUGCGGUGCGGAGUGACGUGGGUCCAACAUGCUGGUCAAGGCGUGGAUCGUAGCCUUCAUCGCGUGCAUGCUAGGAACAGCGCGCGCAGUGAUCUUCCACGUGCGUGCGUCGUCGACCAAGUGCUUGACCACCGAUGUGGAUGAAGGGUCUCUCGUGAUCACGCAGUACCAGGUCUUGGGCAAUGUGCAGGGGACGACGGGUGUCCAGUUUUGGCUGGAAGACCCGAAGAAGAAGAAGCUCACGUCCGACUUGAACAUCGACUCGACCAAGGACUCGUCCCACCAAUACAAGUUCACGGCCGAGAGCUACGGAACGUACACGGUGUGCUUUGCCAACUCGAACGCUGCGAUCGCCCAAAUCUCGUUUGAAUUCAAGCACGGGGUUGAAGCUAUCGACUACUCGGACGUGGCCAAGCGCGAGCAUCUGAUGCCUGUCGAAAAGGAACUGCGCAAGUUGGAAGACACUGUGACCGAGAUCCACCGCGAGAUGCUGUACGUCCGCGAGCGCGAGGCCUCCAUGCGCAACACAAACGAAGCGACCAACUCCCGCGUGACGUACCUCAACGCGUUGACAGUCGUGGUCCUCCUCAGCGUUGGCGUGUGGCAAAUUGUCUAUCUCAAGGGCUUCUUCAAGUCCAAGAAGCUCAUCUAACCGAUCUCCCCACCGCGCCGCCGUCGCUGGUCGUGGAAUGUUUCGAACUUGAAAAAAUCUAUUUGUCAAUUUGGGCGUAUUUAUUCGAA